AUGCCCGGAUUUCCCUCACAACAACAGGCACAAGCUCGAAACGUAUCCAUGGCGACGAGUCGGCUACCCAACGGAAAGAUAGGGUCUAAUGCGAACUGGAACUUUGGUCUUCCUAUGGGCGCAGCUCCAGGGUUGCAAAAUCACCAGCAACGAAAUAUCGGAUCGAUGGGAACGUUUGCACAAAGCCUCGGUGCUUCGCAACCUGCGACACCUUUAGACCUUUCGUAUGUAUUUUUGGGCACAUUCUGGGCUGCGCGAUUCUGGACAGAACAGGUGGCUGAUUUCCGCGUUGCUAGUGAAUUCCCUUCGUUAUCAGGAGUACCCCAACCGAACCAGGCCCAGUCCUCUGCUCAAGCAGUCUGGGCAAAUGCAGGACAACGUGCGACCCAGCAAACACCGGUUCAAAGACAACAACCCCCCUCGAGUCAGCCUCCGUCGCGAGCCUCCCAAACUCAAACACACUUCACACAGCAACAACCUCCCCAAGACGACGUAUUUCCAUCUGGCGCUCAAUUCGCAAACCGAUUAGAUGAUUUCAGAAAUGGUGGUCAGGGCAUCAGUGGCCAGCUCGGAGGUGGUGGACAACCGCAGACAGGAAACAUUGAAGAGUUCCCGCCAUUAGGCAGGAACGCUGCCGACAUACCCCCAGGCGGGAUUUCUCGCAUGAAUGAUAUUGGGCAGGAGCGUAGGGGCUCUGUGUUAACAAAUACAGGAUUUGGCAGCUAUGGCCCUGGUUUGGCAUUUUCAAAUCAAACACAGUCUACACAAGCUCGGAACAUUUUGAACUCAGCAUUGAACGGACAAGAGAACAAUCGCGUCAUGUCACCAGGAGCAUCAAUCUCAACAGCUCCAGGCAUUUCGACGUCGAGAUCUCCGCAAGGGACGAAUGGCGUAUCAGCUCAGGACAAAGAAGACGGCCUCCGUUCCGAGAACUUUCCAGAGCAUGAAAGCAGUCAGAUGCAACAACGUCAAUCGCAAUCUGGUGGCGUGUCAGCGGACAGCCAGGAUCCAACGAGUUCAGGCCAAAGCACAGAUCAGCCGCCUCUUUCCCAAAUGAGUGAGCUAGACAAGUUUGGACUUGCAGGCUUACUUCGGAUGAUACAUAGUGAGAGCCCAGAUGUGGCCAGUCUCGCUGUUGGACAGGACCUAAUGACUCUGGGACUGGAUCUCAACCAGCCUGAACCCCUGCAUCAUUCCUUUGCGUCGCCGUUCGUUGCUUCAAUGUCUGCAGUUCCUCUCGAACAGGACUUCGCAAUUCCCAGCUGUUACAAUGUUGCGAAUGUACAACCUUUACAAUCACGGAUACCCAGCUUCAGCGAUGAAACCCUCUUCUAUAUCUUCUACAGUAUGCCGCGCGACGUUCUGCAAGAGCUUGUCGCCGAAGAAUUGAUGGGCCGCAAAUGGCGGUAUCACAAGGUCGAACGCUGCUGGCUUACCAGAGACGAAAAUUACCCUGGCCCCGUUGAUGUCGAACGUGGUGUGAGUGAACGUGGCGUGUAUUUAUGGUGGGAUCCUGCUUCUUGGAAAAAGAUUCGCCGCGAGUUCAUACUCCGUUACGAAGACCUUGAUAACCGGCUCGAUCCUGGCCGGGGCAUCCAACAACGGCCCGGAUUCCCUCCUCAUGCUUCAUAG